AUGGAACCUCCUCUCCCCGCUUGGGCCACGCUCUCGCGUCUGUCCCCCGUCGAGCUUGAAGUUGCUCAGAUCCUUCCUCCCCAUCAUGGAGAGCCGGUUGCCGACCUCUCGUUCUGGCUUCCAAAGAAAAGGAAACUGCUCUCCGGGUGGUCCUCUGGAAGCGAAGUAGACUUUCCGGCCUGGCCGGAUAUGCGACGAUCGAACGUAGAACAGCGAUCGACCACGCCCGUCUUACGCACCGAUUUUGACUUUGACGUUCCCUUCUUUGGGACCCCCUUACCCACAUGGGAGGAGUACAUAUGCGUGUCGAUCACUGCUCACUUCUCUUCGGGCGACCGAAACGUCGUACUUUUCCCCGGCGAAGAAGAUGGAGGAACCGAUUGA